CAGCCAUAGCACACAUAAACAUGUGUGUAAGAGGGAAACAUCAAAGAACACAGAGGAAAUUAAAGACAUUAAAAGAGCAGAGCUGAUGCAACCAACCACUUCUACAUACAGCCACAAAAGUAAAACAAAAACAACAACGAUAAAAACAAUAACAACAACAACAAAAAACAUAUGUACUGUGGUGGCCUCUGCGGUGUUCCACGCCAUCGUCUGCUCCGCCAUCGUUUUUGCCUUUUCUUAGAGACGUCUUACCUAUCUUACUUAACCUUUUGUUUCCUACGUUUCCUCUUCUCUUGUCUAAAAUCUUUUGCGGAAGUGACUUACCUUGCAACAUGCUUGCACCUCCCUCAGGACGAGGCAGUGACACGAGCAAGUCAAGUUGCAAAUGAAGCAGAUUUCUGCGAGUGCGGCUGAUUAAUCACUUGUGGUUGGUCAUUAGCGUGCCCAGCUUGAGCUCCCAGGAGAAAAGAUAUACUCACCCUUCCUAACUAGGAGGGUAUUUGUUGUUACCCUGACGGCACAAACAGCAUCACCUUCCUCCUCCGGCCCACAGCAGAAAUAACAGUUUGCUAUGAAGAAAGCUGCAGCAUCCUUUGCUUAGCUGAGACAGAACUGUGGUGCAAUGAUGGACAGCACGAUGGAGGAGGAGAUGGAGUUGGUGGGGAUGGGACUUCGGAUCUUGGUGUCCCCCAUCCAGAUAGUUUUUUACGUCCUCCUGGUAAUGCUGGGCACCUUGGGUAACGCCACUGUCAUCGGGGUGAUCGGCAAGAGCGUGUGCGUGGAGCACGGCCGGGGUCGUAACUCGGACAUCAUAAUCAUCAACAUGGCCUUGUCCAAUCUGCUGGUUUCGGUGAUGAGGAACACACUGCUGGUCAUCUCGGACACGGGACUGGAGUUGUAUUCAUCCAAGGAGUGGUGUCAGUUCCUCAUGGGCGUGUGGGUGUGGCUGCGCUCGGUCAACGUGUGGUCGACGCUCUUCCUCAGCGCUUUCCACCUCCAGACCCUAAGGAGGGUGGCUCCCACCAUUGGUACCCUGCGAGGACCCCGAGGCGCUUCGAGUACCCUCCUGAUCAAUCUGGCUUUCAUCUGGCUGCUCAACUUUAUAUACUCUAUUCCUGCGUAUAUCUUCUCCACAAGCGGCAACGUGAACAGCACAGAGACUUUAAUGCUGGUGAGCAGCACAACACGCCCCCUUCUGGGCUGCGUUUGGAACUUCCCGUCCACCUUCAGCGGCCUGUCCUACGCCACCACCUCCAUGGUGAUCCAUGAGACCAUCCCCAUCAUUCUGAUGGCCUUCACCAACUUGGGCUCCCUCUACACGCUCUACACGCACGGCAGAGUGCGCAAGUCGGUGCAGGACACCCACGUCAUCAAGCGAGUGCCGGCUGAGAGACGAGCAGCCAAGGUGAUCCUCGCCCUUAUCAUGCUCUUCAUUGUGUCAUGGGGCACCAGCAUUAUCUCUGUCAACUACUUCAACUACAACCGCGGCUCGUCGGCAGAGUUCCUCCUGGUCAUCGCUCGCUUUGCCAACAUCAUCUUCAUCGCCAUGUCGCCCAUGGUGCUGGCGGUGGGCCACCGGCGGCUACGUUCCUUCAUCCGCUCUGUGCUCUCUCACUGAUGCAGGAACGCCAGACACAAUAUUAGCCGGUGGCGCUUUAGUGUUGGUGCGGUGCCAUUUAAGAAGUCCGGACCAGCUCAUCGCCAUUCCCACGAUCCUCUUCCGCAGCUUUCCGUGCCCCAGGGCAACGACCAUUGGACAGAAGCCCACGAACAGCGAGGCAGAGAAGUGGGCCACGGUCAGCAGGCCCUCGGCGUGAUGCCCCCUGUCGUGGUUGUAGUAGGUCACAGCGGCCACCUGCAGCACCCAGCAUACCACGAAGAGCGACACCAUCAACAUGAUGACGUGCGCCGCCUUUCGCUCGCUGGACACGUGUUUGUCCAGCUCGCCGUGCUCCCCGGCCGCCGUCACCGCUCUGAUGUGCUUGGCCAGAGAGUGCAGGGUGGCCAAGUUGGUGAAUACCAUCAGCACCAAUGGCAGCACUUCGUUGAGGGCCAGCGAGGCGGAGGCGAACGCCGCUCCCUGCUGGCUGGAGGGAAACUCCCAUAUGCAGCCCAGCAGAGGCCGGGUGGUGCAGCUGAUCACCAUCAGUUCCACGGUGGCGUUGCCAUGGACAUGGGUGCUGUAGACCAGAGCCGGGACCGAGAAAGCCAGGUUGGCACCCCACACUAUCCCCAGGACGAUCCACACCCGACGCCUUUCCCGCUGCUGGGCCAGGGGUCCGAAGUUGACUUGAUGCCGCCUGAGGGUGGUGCAGUGGAAGACGCUGAGCGUCAAGGUCACCCAGCAGCCCACCGCUCGCCACCACACCCACAGCAGCAUGAAGACCCGACAC